UUAAAAAAAAAAAGUAGAUAAAAAGAUAAGCCAUCAAUUCCCACCAGUUUCGCCCACAACCAGCCUUCAUUUCAGUUCCCCAUCAAACCAACUUCUCUCCCAUUUCUAUCCACAGUUUUUUCUUUCUAUUCAACAAUUCUUCAUCUUUAUCAGAUAUGGAGUAUUAUGUGGAAUCCAGAGCUUUGAAAUCGAGUUUACAGAGAGAAAUAUCGGCCAUGAAAUCGUCGACGACGUCACAGCAGGCCUUUUUGGAGGAUUUUGUGUAUUUGAAUUCUAAUAUUGGGGAGGAUUUCUCUGUUGACUGUUUUCUUGAUUUCUCUAAUGGAGAAUUGAAGGAGAAUAGCUUUGACGAAGACGAAGAUGAGGAGGAAAAGGAGAGACUCUCUGUUUCCUCUCAAGAACGUAUGGACGAUGACAAUAAUUCCAACUCCAGCACUCUCUCCGGCACCACCGAGAACUCCGAUUCAUUUGUCGCCGGAGAACUCUCUGUUCCGACUGAUGACCUUGCCGACCUUGAAUGGGUAUCGCAAUUUGUGGACGAUUCGGUACCGGAAUUUCCUCUCUUGUACCCUGUUUGUUUCAAGGAGAAACCGGAGAGCUAUACGAAGAACCGGUACGAACCGGAAUCAAAACGGUCUAUCUGUAAUUCUCCAUUUUUCCCGGUUCCUGUGCCGUCGAAGGCAAGAACAAAACGGUCGAGAGCUAUCGGGCGAGUCUGGUCAUUCCGGUCCCCACUCACGGCGUCGUCAGGGAUACCUUGUCCCUUAGUAUCCAACAAACCCGGUUUUGACAAACCGCCGGCGAAGAAACCAAAGAAAGCAGCGGCUCAGACCACCGGUUUAACAUGGGUGGGCCAGUUUCAACGAAGGUGCAGUCAUUGCCAGGUUCAAAAGACCCCACAAUGGAGAACCGGUCCACUGGGGCCCAAAACGCUGUGUAACGCUUGUGGAGUUCGGUACAAGUCCGGCCGGCUUUUUCCCGAAUAUAGACCGGCUUGCAGCCCAACCUUCUCCGGCGAUGUUCACUCGAAUAGUCAUCGAAAAGUGUUGGAGAUGAGGAAGAGGAAGGAGACAGAUGCCCCUGUUCGAGGCUGAACAAGAUGGUUCAUGGUUUGGAGUUUUUGAAGUUUAGGGUUUAGAGUUUAGUUUCAUAUGAACCCGGUCUAGACCGAUUCAAGGUAGUGGUUGUAGAAUUUUUCCCAAUUAGGUAAGAUCUUUUCUUUAAACUUUAAUGUUCUAAUUUAUUAUAUAUAUUUUGUAAUUUUUUGACUUUUUUCAGGAUUUUUUCCUUCUAAAAUUAGGUUUGGAGUUAAUUUAGGUCAA